GCGAGGAGAACAGAAGUAGACAGAAGUGAUCUUGCUCAAGUGUAACGAGAUGGAUAUUGAUGAUGAAGAUGAUGACUGGAAUGUCAGUGCAGAAUCUUCAGAUAUAUUUGUCAUGGGGUCGUCGUCCAGUGAUCCUGUCAGCAAAGCCCCCUCUUCCUCCAGAGUUAUCUUGCAUUUUGACUUGGACUGUUUUUACGCACAAGUGGAAAUGAUCAGAAACCCUGCAUUACGCAACAAACCUUUAGGCAUUCAACAAAAGUACAUCAUUGUCACUUGCAACUAUGUGGCAAGGGAUCAGGGUUUGACCAAACUGAUGUCAGUAACAGAUGCACUAGAAAAAUGUCCUCAGUUGGUGUUGGUCAAAGGCGAGGAUCUCACUCACUACAGAGAGAUGUCUUACAAAGUAACAGAGCUUCUGAUGUCAUAUUGUCCACUGGUGGAGAGACUGGGCUUUGAUGAAAACUUUCUAGAUGUGACCGAGAUGGUGGACACCAAGGUGAAGCAAGCUCCAUCCACAGAUUUGACCUUUAGUGGACACAUCUACAAUGAGGACUCCUUUGCAACAAAUGCGAGUGACCACCCACGACUAGCCAUGGGGUCUCUCAUUGCUGCGGAAUUGAGAGAGGCCAUCAAGAGCAACCUUGGGCUCACUUCCUGUGCUGGAGUUGCAACAAACAAGUUGCUAGCCAAGCUGGUGUCAGGCACCUUCAAGCCAAACCAGCAGACCACUCUACUGCCGGAGAGCACUGCAGACAUAAUGGCAAGCCUAAGUGGACUGCGUAGAGUGCCUGGCAUAGGACACAGGACUGGCCAGAGGCUGAAGGCUCUCGGCCUCCACACAGUGAGAGACCUGCAGUGCUUCCCUCCAGCUGAGCUUGCCAAGGAGUUUGGAGCUGCCAGCGCUCAGCGCUUGCAGAAUCUGGCCCAAGGGAUCGAUGAGUCCCCCGUCACUCCUGCUGGACCUCCACAGUCGCUUAGUGAUGAAGACUCCUUCAAGAAGAUUUCCUCCACAACUGAGGUUCUCAAAAAAGUUGAGGAGCUCUUGACAAGCCUUAUGGAGAGAAUGCAAAAGGAUGGAAGGCAGCCGGCCACCUUCCGCCUGACGAUCAGACGCUUUUCCGCUACAAAUCGCUAUUUCAGCCGCGAGAGUCGGCAGUGCCCCAUACCCAAUCACAUUGGACAGAAGAUCACUACAGGAAGUUGCGACGCUUUAGCCCAGCUUCUCAGCAUGGCCAUGAAGCUGUUUCAGAAAAUGAUUGACACCAGCACUCCCUUUCACCUCACACUGAUCAACGUGUGCUUCAGCAACCUGCAGUCAAAGAGUGACGGCAAAGGCUCCAUAACGUCCUUCUUCACACAGAGGUCACCCAAAAAAGUGAUAUCAGUCUCUCAGCAACAGGAGAAUCUGAGUGUUAAAGGAUCUAGCAUCUGCACGGGUUCUCCUGAGGACUGCACUACCUUUGCGAACAACACAUUGGACAUGAGGAUCUCUCAGAGCACAUCACCCAUACCCGAGUGGACCCAGGUGCCAGCAGUUUCGAAUGAGCGCCACAGACCCAGUCCGCCACUAGAGCCAGACUUGUCACACCUGCCCCCGGAUGUUGACCCAGACGUGUUCAAACACCUCCCAGAGAGCAUCCAGCAGGAGCUUCUGUCCAGUUUCCAGGCAGGAGAACAUGGGGACAGGCAGGGAACUAGCAGUCAGUCAGUCACUGCAAUUUACUGCAAUCAGAAACAGACUAGUCAACUGACUGAACCACCCUUGCAGCAGUCAAACAUGGGAGCAAACUCUGCUGGCUCAGGUAAUGGUGAUGACUUUGUCAAGGAGACCACUGAUCAGACAUUUUUCUCCGCACACAGAGAAAGACUAAGCAUGUGCGCUGAGCAGCCUGAAGGCAACAGCAGGGCAUCUGGAACGGAAUGCCCCUCAAAUGUGGACCCCAUGGUGUUUUCUGAGCUGCCCCCAGAGUUGCAGCAAGAACUGCUAUCAGAGUGGAGGCAGCAAAAGCCUGUGCUGAAGAUCCCCUCCAAGAAGUUGGGAAGGACUGCCUCCACCAAAGACAAAAAAGCUGCUAGCAAAGCUUGUCAGGCAAACAACCUGCUGAAUUAUUUUAAAUCUAACUGAAUCACAUUCAACAUCUUAAUUUAAUAAUGUUAAUUUGUGUUAAUUUAUGUUUAUUUCUGAUGUUCCAUUUGUUUGUUCACAUCUUCUCGUCUUAACGUCAUAUGUCUUAGUAUUUCCUGUUUGCAUAAGUGUUGUGUAUAGGCCUAUAUGUUCCUGUUUUGAGAAUAAAGAAUGUUUACAUA